AUGAUGUCGCCGAGUCGCACGCUGGCCGGGUCUCUGCCGUGCCUCGCCUUCCACCACGGCGCGGGCCGACCCACGCCGAUCUUCCACGUGUCGGAGAAGAAGACGAUCGCCGACGACAUCGACGAGCUGAAGGGCAAGGAGAUCUGCCCAGCCACGCACGGCUUCAUGCUGGUCAGGUGCCCUGCCUCCGCGUCCACCUUCCUGUGGAGUCCCCAGAACCGAGGCGGCAAGAUCGAGCUGCCGCCGUUACCAAUCGAACAUGAUCUGUUCAUAGACUGCACCUGCCUGCUCUCCAACAAGCCCACCGCUCCCAACUCCGUCGUGCUUCUCGUCGAGCCUUACGCCACCCUCAUCUGGUACUGUCAUAUCGGAGACGAUCAGUGGGAGAAACACGACUACUACAUCGGAACCCAGCCGGCCCUCGACCUGCAAUCCGAGGACAAAGAGGUCAUAACUCCGAUCGCGGCAUGCGGGGGCAAGUUUUAUUUCAACAGCACACAAAUCGAGCUUGGUGUUGUUGAUUUCUGCCCUGCUCCCAUAUUCAGUUCCAUCAAGAUGAACGACGUGGUCGAUGAUAUCUACGGUGUUGAACUGGCUCCAGCUCAAGUUUUUCUGGUGGAAUCGGACGGGGAGCUCUAUAUGGUUUCCUUGUUAUUCGUCACAACGGCAAAAACAAUUUAUGGUGCAAGAGUUCAUAGGAUGGAUUUCUCAAGGCAGAGAUGGAGAAAAGUGUAUGAUCUUGGUGAUCGGGCGUUCCUCUUGUCCCUGUUCAACUCUGGUGCUCUCUGCUCUGUCGGCAAGUCUGGACUGCGAGAGAACUGCAUCUACAUGGCGUAUCCUUGGGAGCAGACCUUGCACAUUUUCAGUGUAAAAGAUGGUAGCAUGGAGACGCACAAGCUGGAUGAUGCUCCGUCCUCGGACAAGGCAUUCUGGAUGCUCCCCGCCAAUCCAUAG